AUGGAUGCUGGAGAGAAAAAGACCGCGAUUCCAAAGGAUUUUAUAAAGCACCUAGCAGACCAGUCCAUUUUCAAAUGGGAUGGAGUCGUUCCCCCUUGUUGGAAAAUCGAGAUUACGGAGACGGGAGUCACUGCUUUUAUACAGUGGAAAAAUAACGAGAAAACAGAAAAGAAGAAGGAGUCAAAGAAAAGAAAAUACGAUCAGAUUUCAAAAGGUCAAAAAACUUCGGAAAGAAGCGCGUCGAAAAGUUUACCAGAAGAGACGGAAGAGAUUAUCGUAAAAGAAGAACCUGCUGAUGAGUUCUACACGGGGGAAGAAAAAAUUGAGGAGAUAAAAAACGAAUUCGACGGGUCUUCUCAAUUUAUUUCAAUUGAUAUUCCGAGUCCGAGUUCGCUCGAAGCGUUGGUUUACAAAAACGGUUCUCUUACGAGACUGAUGGCAAUACGGGAAGAGAUUGAUCGAGGGUUGAAUCUGUCGAAAGUUAUCCGGAGAUUGAUGAACAUCGUUUUUGCGAAAGAAGAGCUGCUGGUAGAGAGCAUCAAGGAUGUCAACUCUGAGAAGAUUGAAAUGAUCGUCAAAGAAGCACAACGCUGGUACAACUGCAGAUCGACUGAAGUUCGCCAAAUUAUUUCUUUCCGACUGUCGGAAAUUCGAAAAACGAACUAUGGCAAAUUUACCAGAUCGAAUGGAGUUACAAUUGAUGAUUUACGAAGAAUGCAACAGCCUUUCAGGACCAUUCUGCCAAAACCUGAGCCGAUUUUUCAAGAAGAAGCGACAGUUACUGAGCUCGAUUGA